AUGAAGUUACCCCCAGGCGGUGAUAUCGACCUGCUUAUGAUUGGUAAGACAGGACAUGGCAAAAGCUCUACAGGAAACUCAAUCUUGGGACAGGACCUGUUUAAUUGUUCAGAAAGCGGAGAGUCUGAAACCAGUAAAAAUGGAGUGGGAUGGGCUGAAAUUGAUGGCCGCACCAUCAAAGUUGUAGACACUCCUGGCGUGUGUGACACUAGAAAUGAUGCAGCUUCUGUUGACCUUGCCAUAGAGUAUAUCAGUACAGCAAUAGCCUAUUGUCCAGAGGGAUUUCAUGCUUUGCUUCUUUUAAUACGCUUUCCAACCCGCAUGACAGAAGAGGAAAAAACAACAAUUGAACUCUUGAAACGGGUGCUGGGAGAAAAUAUUCUCAAGUCCCAUUGUAUUGUUGUUUUCACUUAUGGGGAUGUAUUUUAUAGGAAAAUGGCAGCAAAGGAAACCACUUUUGAUGAAUGGUGCAAACGUCAGGUCGGGUUUUAA